GGCCUCUUCCCCGGCGGACCCCCUCCCUUUUUUUUUUCCUCCGCGGGCCCGAGAUAUGGCAAUGGUAGUUAGCAGCUGGCGAGAUGCGCAAGAGGACGUGGCCGGGGGCGGCCCCACCGGAGCAGCUCAGCCGGGCCGGGAUCCGCAGCAAGGGGCCUCGGCGGCCCCCCACACGCCGCAGACGCCGAGCCAGCCGGGCGCCCCGUCCACGCCGGGAGACAAGGGCCAGCAGCAGCAGGGCUCCGGGCAGAGCCAGCAGCAGCAGCAGCAGCAGCAGCACAUUGAGUGCGUGGUCUGCGGCGACAAGUCCAGCGGGAAACACUACGGGCAAUUCACCUGCGAGGGCUGCAAAAGUUUCUUCAAGCGGAGCGUCCGCAGGAACUUAACGUACACUUGCCGGGCCAACCGGAACUGUCCCAUCGACCAGCACCACCGCAACCAGUGCCAAUACUGCCGCCUGAAGAAGUGCCUCAAAGUGGGCAUGAGGCGGGAAGCGGUUCAGCGAGGAAGGAUGCCUCCGAGCCAGCCGAACCCGGGCCAGUACGCGCUGACCAACGGCGACCCGCUGAACGGACACUGCUACCUGUCCGGCUACAUCUCGCUGCUGCUGAGAGCCGAGCCUUACCCAACCUCACGCUACGGCAGCCAGUGCAUGCAGCCCAACAACAUCAUGGGCAUCGAGAACAUCUGUGAGCUGGCAGCACGGCUGCUCUUCAGCGCCGUCGAGUGGGCCCGCAACAUCCCCUUCUUCCCGGACCUGCAGAUCACCGACCAGGUGGCCCUGCUGCGCCUCACCUGGAGCGAGCUCUUCGUCCUCAACGCUGCCCAGUGCUCCAUGCCGCUGCACGUGGCCCCACUCUUGGCCGCUGCCGGACUCCACGCCUCACCCAUGUCUGCUGACCGCGUGGUGGCCUUCAUGGACCACAUCCGCAUCUUCCAGGAGCAGGUGGAGAAGCUCAAGGCCCUGCACGUAGACUCCGCCGAAUACAGCUGCCUCAAAGCCAUCGUCCUCUUCACCUCAGAUGCCUGUGGCCUGUCGGACGCGGCGCACAUCGAGAGCCUGCAAGAGAAAUCCCAGUGCGCCCUGGAGGAGUACGUGCGCAGUCAGUACCCCAACCAGCCCAGUCGCUUCGGCAAGCUGCUGCUCCGGUUGCCUUCGCUUCGCACCGUCUCGUCGUCGGUCAUUGAGCAGCUCUUCUUCGUCCGCUUGGUAGGUAAAACCCCCAUCGAGACGCUCAUCCGAGACAUGCUGCUUUCCGGCAGCAGCUUCAACUGGCCUUACAUGUCGAUCCAGUGUUCCUAGAGCAGCCCCUGGCCUCCCCCGCUUAGAGACCCGCCCCAGGCCCCGCGGCUGGGCGGCCAGGUGGGGGGUCCCGAGCGAGAGCAAAGAAAGGGACCCACACACGCCUCACUUCCCCAAGGCCGGGUGCCCGGAAACCUCGUCCUGGAGGAAAGACUGGCGGAGGCUGGCAACUCCGGCCCGGCGGUGGUGGCCAAAAGGGGCAGCUCGUGUGUGUGGAACCAACGGCGA